AUGGUGCCACAAUUUUUAAAACUUUUUCUCUUAAGCCUACCGGCUCUGGUGGCAAGCCAGGCACCAUCAACCCAUGUCUCUGUGUCGUUUUCAACCUCUUCAUCUUCUUCUGAAGCCCACAGCGAUAGUGCUCAGGUGAAAUUCAGCACUGACAUCGCUAACAACACUACCGUGAUUGCCAACAACACUACCACGAUCGCCAACAACACUACCAUGAUCCCCGAGGUGGGAGGUGGCAAUAGUACCCACAAUACCACCUCAAGCUCGAAAUCGGCGGGCGGGAGGAAGCUUGCUGGUUAUUACCCCGUUUAUAACUCUGACGGACAGCCGCUUUCCGAGCUUAGAUAUGACCUUUACGAUGAGAUAAUAUUCUUUGUAGCGACAACCAACGAUAACUUUACACUUGGCACCUAUCCUUUGGGCCAAAAUGAAUGGGACUCUUUGGCUUUCGAAUUUGUCAAGAACUGUAAAAACAACUCGGUCACGCCUACCUAUGCAGUUGGAGGCUGGGGAGGCUCCAGGUACUUCUCAGCUCUCGCAGCAACUGCAGAGAACCGGACAGCGUUCGCCGAUUCAACCAUUAGCUUUGCCAAGAAGUACGGCUUCGAAGGAAUAGAUUUUGAUUGGGAAUAUGCUAGCAUUCAAGGAAUUGGCUGUAACAUCGUCAAUGACGCAGAUGUACAGAACCAGCAAUUGCUUUUCAAGGAAGUUAAAAGUAAAUGGCCCGAAGGGAAGCUGUCUACAGCCCAGAGCAUCGCGGGUAUCAGGGACGCCAACUACCAAAAAUUACCAGCCUCUAACGUCACUCUUAUGGCUCAAGUUGUCGACGAAGUGAGAAUUAUGGCCUACGACGUUCACGGUAGCUUCACCAAAACCACUGGACCGAACGCGCCAAUCAAGGCUGCAUGUGCCGAUCCUGAAAACCAGCUAUCGGUUGAGACUGCCAUUGAAAUAUAUCUCAAGCAAGGCUUCAAGCCCGAGCAAUUAACCCUGGGCAUUCCAGGUUAUGCAAAGUCUUGGACCUUGGCCAAGCCUGAGCUCACACCCAGAGUCGCUGGAGGCAGAUACGAUGACCAACCUGGUCUGGAUGUUUGUGGUCAAAGAACUGGUCAUGGUGGCUCCUGGCUUGUUAAUGAAUUAGUCUAUGCCGGUUUCUUGAGUGAAGAUGAAACUAGUGGUGGGAAAGGUUACAAGAGAUACUACGACGAUUGUUCCGGAGAGCCUUUCCUCGCUAGCGAAACCACUUUGAUAACCUACGAUGAUACCGCAAGUACUGUGGCCAAAGUGGCAUACGCCAAUUCCAAAAACUUGGGAGGCGUGUUCUUCUUUGACACCAUGGGGCCAAGGGACAAAACACUUGAGGCAGCCAAAACUGCUUUGCUCAACUAG